AUGCGUUUCAUAAACGAGCUGAGCAAUUACUUAAAAUACUACGAAGACGUGAAAAACUCGCGAAACUUUACGGGAAAAGUAGUUUUGGUGACCGGAAGUAGUUCUGGAAUCGGGGAGGGAAUCGUCAAACUGUUCUCUAUAUUAGGCGCUAAUGUUGUGGUCACCGGUAGGAAAGAGGCGGACGUUCAUCGAGUGGCACAAGAAAUAGAAACAUUAUCGCCGUAUAAGAUCAAGCCAUUAGAAAUUGUGGCAGAUUUGACUAAAUCGGAAGACAUAACCAAAUUAGUGGAUCAGACCAUUAAGAGGUUCGGGAAGUUGGAUGUGUUGGUCAACAACGCCGGUAUCGGUUUAGGCACUCGUAUUGGAGACAAAAAAUUGUUGGAGGCUUGGGAUCAGGUGUUUGGAGUGGACGUGAGGGCUGUGGUUGAAGUGAUUCACACAGCACUUCCAUACCUCGAGAAGACUAACGGCACUAUAAUUGAUACGUCGAGUGUAGCAGGCACAAUACCGAUGAUCGGAUCGUUAGCCUAUAAUAGCGCCAAAGCGGCCCUCAAUAUGUUGGCUAAAGUACUGGCACUAGAAUUGGGUCCCAAAGGUAUUCGAGUCAAUACUAUUAGUCCGGGCUAUACUGAGGUGGACAGCCAUUUUCUUCCGCCGGACUAUAAGAAAGUAAUUGAGAGACAGACACCUCUUAGACGUAUUGGACAGCCGUUGGAUAUGGCGAAAGCCGUUGCAUUCCUGGCCUCAAGUGAUGCUCAGUUUAUAACCGACUACGAAGAGGUGAAGAACUCGCGAAACUUUACGGGAAAAGUAGUUUUGGUGACCGGAAGUAGUUCUGGUAUUGGGGAGGGAAUCGCCAAACUGUUCGCUAUAUUGGGGGCCAAUGUUGUGGUGACCGCCAGAAAAGAGGCUGACGUUCAUAAAGUGGGACAAGAAUUGGAGCAAUUAUCUCCGUAUAAGAUCAAGCCAUUAGAAGUUGUGGCGGAUGUGACUAAAUCUGAAGACAUCACCAAAUUAGUGGAUCAGACCAUUAAGAGGUUCGGGAAGUUGGAUGUGUUGGUCAACAAUGCCGGCGGCGGUGUCUCCNAUCAGACCAUUAAGAGGUUCGGGAAGUUGGAUGUGUUGGUCAACAAUGCCGGCGGCGGUGUCUCCACUCGUAUAGAAGACAAGAAUUUGUUGGAGGCCUGGGAUCAGGUGUUUGGGUUGGACUUGAGGGCUGUGGUUGAACUGAUUCACACAGCACUUCCAUACCUCGAGAAGACAAACGGCACUAUAAUUGAUACGUCGAGUAUAGCGGGUACAGCACCGGUGAUCGGGCUGUUAGCGUAUAAUAGCGCCAAAGCGGGUCUCAAUAUGUUGGCUAAAGUACUGGCCCUUGAAUUGGGUCCCAAAGGCAUUCGAGUGAACACUAUUAGCCCGGGCUAUACUGAAGUGGACUCUCAUUCAAUGCCUAUCGAGCAAAAAAAAUUAAUUGAGAAACAGACACCUCUUAGACGUAUUGGACAGCCGUUGGAUAUGGCGAAAGCCGUUGCAUUCCUGGCCUCAAACUACGAAGACGUGAAAAACUCGCGAAACUUUACGGGAAAAGUAGUUUUGGUGACCGGAAGUAGUUCUGGUAUUGGGGAGGGAAUCGUCAAACUGUUCUCCAUAUUAGGCGCUCAUGUGGUGGUCACCGGUAGGAAAGCCGAUGAAGUCCACAAAGUGGCACAAGAAGUGCAACAGUUAUCACCCAAUAAACUAAAGCCAUUAGAAGUGAUCGGAGAUCUGACAAAGACUGAGGAUAUGACCAGACUUUUGGACGAAACGAUUAAAACAUUUGGAAAAUUAGAUGUUUUGGUGAAUAAUGCGGGCAUUUAUUUCACUACAAAUAUCACUGAAAAGGAUUUGCUCACAAAAUGGGAUCAGAUUUUUAGCGUAGACUUAAGAGCUGUCGUACAACUCAUUCACCAAUCGGUGCCAUAUUUGGAGGAAACAAACGGAACAGUUAUAGACAUCUCGAGUAUUGAGGGCACUCGUCCUCCAUUAGAAGUGAUCGGAGAUCUGACAAAGACUGAGGAUAUGACCAGACUUUUGGACGAAACGAUUAAAACAUUUGGAAAAUUAGAUGUUUUGGUGAAUAAUGCGGGCAUUUAUUAUGAGACAAAUAUCACUGACAAGGAUUUGCUAACCAAAUGGGAUCAGAUGUUUAACAUUAACUUAAGAGCUGUCGUACAACUCAUUCACCAAUCGGUGCCAUAUCUGGAGGAGACUAACGGAACAGUUAUUGAUAUGUCGAGUAUUGAAGCCACUCGUCCCAUGCUAAACUACCUGGCCUACGAUAGUGCCUAUGCGGCUACGGAUAUGUUGGUAAAGGUAAUUGCCAUGGAAUUAGGACCUAAAGGCAUACGAAUCAAUGCAAUCAAGCCCGGGUUCAUUAUGCAUCCAAACAUAACAGUGCCAAAGGACAAAGUGGACCAAUUGAAAAGGGAGACACCACUGGGUAGACCCGGUGCCCCCUUAGAUAUCGCCAAAGGGGUGGCAUUUCUGGCCUCAACUGACGCUCUGUUCAUAACGGACUACGAAGACGUGAAAAACUCGCGAAACUUUACGGGAAAAGUAGUUUUGGUGACCGGAAGUAGUUCUGGUAUUGGGGAGGGAAUCGUCAAACUGUUCUCUAUAUUAGGCGCUCAUGUGGUGGUCACCGGUAGGAAAGCCGAUGAAGUCCACAAAGUGGCACAAGAAGUACAAGAGUUAUCACCCAAUAAACUAAAGCCAUUAGAAGUGAUCGGAGAUCUGACAAAGACUGAGGAUAUGACCAGACUUUUGGACGAAACGAUUAAAACAUUUGGAAAAUUAGAUGUUUUGGUGAAUAAUGCGGGCAUUUAUUUCACUACAAAUAUCACUGAAAAGGAUUUGCUCACAAAAUGGGAUCAGAUUUUUAGCGUAGACUUAAGAGCUGUCGUACAACUCAUUCACCAAUCGGUGCCAUAUUUGGAGGCAACAAACGGAACAGUUAUAGACAUCUCGAGUAUUGAGGGCACUCGUCCUAUGCUAAACUACUUGGCCUACGAUAGCGCCAAAGCGGCUAUGGAUAUGAUGGGAAAGGUAUUAGCCAUGGAGUUGGGACCCACAGGCGUACGAAUUAAUGGGAUCAGUCCUGGGUUCAUUAUGCACCCAAACAUAGCGGUACCAAAAGAAAAGUUGGAGCAAUUGAAAAGGGAGACACCUUUGGGUAGAGCGGGUGCCCCCUUAGACAUCGCCAAAGGGGUGGCAUUUUUGGCCUCAACUGACGCUCAGUUCAUAACGGACUACGAAGAGGUGAAGAACUCGCGAAACUUUACGGGAAAAGUAGUUUUGGUGACCGGAAGUAGUUCUGGCAUUGGGGAGGGAAUCGUCAAACUGUUCGCUAUAUUGGGGGCUAAAGUAGUGAUCAAUGGUUUGAAUGCAACCAAAGUUGAGAGUGUGGCCAAAGAAGUGGAACAACUGUCGCCUCAAAAAAUUAAGCCGUUACAAGUGGUGGCAGAUCUCACCAAAAGUGAUGACUUGAAUAAUAUGAUUAACAAAACUAUUGACACGUUUGGCAAACUGGAUGUAUUAGUGAACAACGCUGGCAUUUACCCCAUGUCUCCCAUAAGUGCCACAAACUUCAUGCAGGUCUUUGAUCAAGUGUUGGACGUCGAUCUGCGAGCCAUUGUCCACACCAUUCACCUCUCGCUCCCAUAUUUGGCCAAAACUAACGGCACUAUUAUUAACAUUUCAAGUCUUGUGGGUUUCCGACCGUCAAAUCCAUUUUUGGCGUACAGUACAGCGAAAGCGGCUCUCGAUAUGGUAACGAGUGAAUUGGCCCUUGAAUUGGGACCACAAGGCAUACGUAUCAACACAAUUAGUCCCGGCUCAACUCAAACACCUGUUAUGGACCCAAAGGACCCAAUAGUGAAGAAAAUGAUAGAAAGUUUCAUAAAGUUGACACCACUUCACAGAAUCGGUCAGCCCCUGGAUAUCGCCAAAGGGGUGGUAUUUCUGGCCUCAACUGAUGCCCAGUAUAUUACUGGUGCUAAUCUGGUCAUAGAUGGUGGCCUAGAGUAUAAUAUACCAGUAGUUUUAGUGACCGGAUCGAGCACUGGUAUCGGUGAGGGUAUUGUCAAACUAUUCUCCAUAUUAGGUGCCAAAGUGGUGGUCACCGGUAGGAAUGAAACACAGAUUGAGAAAGUGGCUCAAGAAGUACAGCAACUAUCUCCCUAUGGACUGAAGCCGUUACAAGUGGUGGCAGAUCUCACCAAAAGUGAUGACUUGAAUACUCUUAUCAACAAAACUAUUGACACGUUUGGCAAACUGGAUGUAUUGGUGAACAACGCCGGCAUUUACCCCAUGUCUCCCAUCAGUGACGCAAACUUUAUGCAAGUCUUUGAUGAGGUGUUCAAUACUGAUCUGCGAGCCAUUGUCCACACCAUUCACCUCUCGCUCCCAUUUAUGACCAAAACUAACGGCACUAUUAUUAACAUUUCAAGUAUUGCUGCUUUACAUCCGUCGAAUCCGUUUUUGGCGUACAGUUCCGCGAAAGCAGCCCUCGAUAUGUUGACAAAGGUAUUGGCCCUUGAAUUGGGUCCGCAAGGGAUUCGUAUCAAUACUAUUAAUCCCGGUGAAACUCAAAUCCCAUCAAUGGAUCUAAGCGUAGAUUUGAUUAAGAAAAUGGUUCAUAAGAUAACAACUCUGACACCACUGGAGAGAUUGGGACAGCCGUUAGAUGUGGCCAAAGGGGUGGCAUUCCUGGCCUCAAGUGAUGCCCAGUUUAUAACCGGCGCUAAUAUUGUCAUUGACGGUGGCUUUGUCUAUACUGAACCAGGCAACGUUAUGGAUAUAUUCUCAUAA